GAUUGGACUAGACUGUUGUUGUUAUUAUUAUUUUGUUUUUUAGGUUGUGAGUUUUGACUUGUGGCGUGCAGGCGUACUGGUAUAUUACUAUAUUGGAAAUUAUUGUGGAUGUGGAAUGCGGUUAACAGGCAUUGGAUUGUCGACGAUGAGCCUUUUUUAACGGGUUCAGGAUAGCGUGAUUUCGAUUCAUAAUUUCGUAAUUUAUUGUUCAUAUUAUAAUAUCAACAACAUGGUAUGAUCGCAAAAGUUCAGAUUUGGUCCAAGUCCGAGCAAUACUUUUAGAACUAUAUUGUUAUCAACGUCUACAUAACAAGAGCUCUGUGGUCUGUAACUAGCACUGUUUCCGACCGUUCGAACACAAUAGAUAUCUCACUAUGGAAGAAACUGUUGUUAAUUCAUCAGACGCUAAUAAAAUCAACCAGCCUGCUGUUGGCGAAUGGAAAAACGAUGAAAAUAUUUCUUAUAAUGAUAACUAUGAACAGAAUAUAGUAGAAACAUUAAAUGAUACUACAUUAAAUGAUAAUUCGGUGCCUGAAAAUGUCGUUAUAGACACACAAGAAAAUAACUGUGGUUUCUCUAAUGAAAACACACAAGACAAUUGGGUUACUGAAACUGAUCAAAAAAAUCAUUAUGGUAAUAAAAAUAACUCAGGAUAUCGGAAAGGAACAGGAGGAUAUAAUAAAUCCAACAAUGGAAACAAUUCUUAUGAAAAAUCAUACGGUAAUGAUUCCACUUCAAAUAAUGGACAUGUACGUGGCCGUGGCCGUGGUCGUGGUAGAGGUUUUUUAAAAAGAUAUGACGAAGAAAAUGAAUCAUUUAGGGAUGAAUAUGGCUCUGGUAUUAAUAAUCAUGGUGGUAACACUGCCCCAGGUCAUCGAGGUCGAGGACGAGGGUUUAACCGUGGUAGAGGUGGAAGGCGAGAUCAAUCAGGAUCAGGUGGCUGGUAUGGGAAUUGUGAAGAUGGUCAUAAAAAAAACGAAAAUGAUAAACCAAAAGCACCGUAUAUUCCUCCUGAUAUUGAAAAUGAAGAGUCUAUUUCUGGAAUUGAGGCAGGGCUUAAUUUUGACAAGUAUAAUACUAUUGAAGUAAAAGUGAGUGGAACUAACCCUCCAAAAAGUAUAACAUCUUUUCAUAGUUCUGGUUUGCGCACUAUUUUGCUAGACAACUUAUCUUACUGUAAUUUCUCUACACCAACUCCAAUACAAAAUUAUGCGAUACCUAUUAUCAUUGAUGGCAGAGAUUUGAUGGCCAGUGCUCAGACUGGUUCUGGAAAAACUGCAGCGUAUGUCUUACCUAUUUUGCAUAAUUUGCUGAAGCAACCAACACAGUUAAUUUACGAUGAACAUCAUUGUGAACCGCAUGUAGUUAUUAUUGCACCUACAAGAGAGUUAGUUUCACAAAUUAGUGAAUGUGUAUGGAAAUUUAGUAAAGGAACUGAUAUUAGAAAUGGACUACUGUAUGGAGGUACAUCUGUUUACCACCAAAAAUCUAAAAUCCUUCAGAGAGGAGUUCACAUAUUAACUGCUACACCAGGACGUCUGAUUGAUUUUGUUGAAAAAGGUAUUGUGACUUUCUCAUCAGUUAAAAUUUUUAUUUUGGAUGAAGCAGACAGAAUGUUGGAUAUGGGAUUUAAACCUGAUAUAGAACAAGUAUUAACAAAUUCGACUAUGCCUUCCAUAGAAUCGAGACAGACAGUUAUGUUUUCUGCUACAUUUCCAAGUGAAAUACAACUUAUGGCCACUACUUACUUGAAAUCAGAUUAUAUAUUUGUAGCUGUUGGGGAAAUAGGAGGAGCAUGUAAAGAUGUUGUGCAAACAGUAAUAGAAGUCACAAAGUUUAAAAAAAAAAAUGCAUUACUUGAUGUAAUUAAAGAUAUGGAAAAUUGUCAAGGUACAAUAGUGUUUGUUGAAAGAAAAAAAGUUGCGGAUUAUACAGCUGCUUAUUUAAGUGAAGUGGAUUUCCCUACUACAAGUAUUCAUGGUGCACGUGAGCAACCUGAACGAGAACAGGCAUUAAGAGAUUUCAAAACAAAUAGAAUGAAAAUUCUAGUAGCCACUGCUGUUGCAGCUCGUGGAUUAGACAUAAAAGGUGUGAAUUAUGUAGUGAACUUUGAUCUACCAAAAACAGUUGAAGAGUAUGUCCAUCGGAUUGGGCGUACUGGUAGAUUAGGAAAUGCUGGUAAAGCUAUUUCAUUUUUUGACCCAGAAUCUGAUGGUCCACUAGCUUCUGAAUUAAUUAGAAUUCUCAAACAAGCAGAUCAAGAAGUACCAUCAUUUUUAAAAGAUGCUUCUGAACGUAUUCGAGCUCGCCCGGCUAUUGAUGAUUUCAACGAUAUAAGAACGAAUGUUGAUGUCACAUCCAACCUGGUUGCUACUGAAGAAGAAGAAGAGGAGUGGUAGAUUACUUGAGUAGUUUAAGUUUAAAUAAACAAGAGUAUAAACACAAAACAAUUCUAAAAAUAUGAAUCAGUUAAUAUUAUUAAAAUUCAAAAAUUUAAAUUGGUUAUAACUUAUAAACAUGGUCUGGGACUGAAAGCAUUUGCUUUUUUAUUUGGCUUGACUCUAGCAAAGGAGCAGAUCAUUAUGGAAAUGUAUGUCGUGUUACUUUGAUUUCAAAUAAUAUGUAAUUUAUAAUAUAGUAUAGUUAUUUUUAUGUUUUUUUUUCUAUAUAUUUUCUAUUUUGAGAUAACAUAGACUGACAGCUAAACACUGACAAAACCUAAUAAUUUUUUCCUCAAUGUAUUUUUGAUAGAAUUUUGCCUUAGAACUCAAUUAGUAAUAUCCUAUUUUUAGUAGUAAUACUCAGCUCGUCUGUUUAUUUUUGCUAUAUGUUGUGUCUGUCAUGGCUAGCCAAUAAAAAUAUAUCAACACGAUAACAUAUGAUUAGCUGAUUCUCAGUAACACUGUUCGUCAUAUUGUUUUUCUAUUAAUUUACAAAUUUAAAAAUGGAAAAAGAGUGCAAUUUUAAAACACAUUUAAUUUCAGGUCUGACAUUUUUUCUAUGGAUGGGCAGUUUUAUGUUUGAAAAUAUUUCAUUUCGAGGGGUGACCCUUUUUUAUUUAUUUUUAGUUUGGUUGGGAGCAGGGUAUAAUUUUUGUGUUUGAUUUUUUUUGCUUGUUUUAAUGUUUUAAAAUAAAUGCUUGUAAUGAAGAUUUUAAGCGUUAUUUUGAAAAUUGUAGGUGUAACAAAAUAUAAUAACAAUAUUAUUUACUAAUAAUACUACGAGUUGACAUUUUAGUUUAUUUAAACACAUUUAGAAAUAGUGAACAAUUUUCAGACUGGUCAAGAUGUCAUAAUUUUUGUCAGAAUCUCAAUAAUAGUUUGAAAAAAAGAUUAGAGUAUUGUAGAUUUGACUGAUGCACGUUUAAAAAAAAAUGUUAAUUUAAUAUUUUUAUUAAAACUAUUUUGCAGUAGUUCUGUUUAAUAGGUAAAUAAAUAAAACAAUUAUUACAAUUUAUUAAUAGUUAUGAUCUUAAUCUGAUAGUUCAAAAAUGUAUUAAGUAAUAACUAUUUUAUUGAAAAUGUGUUUUUUCCUGCUGUAAUAGCUAAUUACUUGUUUUUGUAACAAGUUUUGAAUUUCAUGGGACCAACUAAAAUUCCUCUUGUCUUUACGUACAUAUUAGAGGUAUUUGAAGCUCAACCACAUAAAAAUACAUAUAUAUUUAUUUUUACUGACAAUGUAUAACUUAAUUUUACAAAAAUUUUUAUUUGUUGCUCAGAAAAUUAUAAAACUAUUUUCACUAUACAAUUUAACAGACGAAAUAUACAAUAUUUAACUUGACAUAAUAUACUUGUUAACAUUUUUUUUAAAUACCCAGACAAUGUAUUUACUAUUUAGAUUUUUAUAAUUCUAUUAUGUUUAAUUUGACUAAUGACUAUAAAUAAUAGUCAUUAAUUUUUUUAUCUAUAACUGUACAACUAAUUCUGUAAUAAUUAUUUUAAUAUUUUAUUAUCGAAUACUGACUUACAAAAUGUACAAAUGAAUCAUACAUGUAUUGCUGAUACUAAUUGUUUGUUUUACAUUUAUAUUCAAUUAAUUUAAGUACAAAUUUAAAUUAAUCAUAACAUUUAAUCUUUAUUAGAGAUAAGUAAGAGAUUGAGAAAGACAAUAUACACUCUAGUAAAGAAAAAUGAUUCUUAGCAAUGGAUUCAUAUCUAUUUAGUACUUAUUAAUACUUUAUUAUUUUUAGGUAAAUACUAGUAUUAGUAAUGGUGUUAUUUAUAUUAUAAUAUUAACUAAGUACUAUGUUUUAUGCUAAUUAAGAUAAUAAUUGGUGGAUACUAAUUACUACUUAAUGUUGGAAUGGAGGUUUUUGAUUAUAUUAGGUUGUUAAUUCUAUGUAAUGUUAAAAGUUGACUACUAAUUUACAAUUGAGAGUUUUUAAAAUUGAAAUUGAUUAAUUAAUAAUUUAAAUUAUAUUUACCUAAAGCAACUAUUCUGUGUGAUAGCAAUUUGAUUUGUUUAUUACUUAUUAAUAUUCACUUUUUUAAUAGUUCCUUUUAUGUAACCAAUGGCAAUGGUGCAGACCUUAAAAUCUGGGUUUAAUUUAUUUUUCAAACAUUUAAUUUUGUAAUAGUGCCAUGUCAUAGGAAACCGAAUUGUGAUUUGUAGUUGUAUUAUCUUUUAUAUUAUAAUUAGUUGUGAGGGAAAAAAUAUUAUUUGGGGGCUUGAGUACUUUUUAUGAAGCCAUAACCUCUACCUAAAUAUUCACACAAGUAACUAGUAUAUGCCUAUACAGUUUUUAGUUUUUAGACCAACCAGUGCUAUUAGAAAAUGCUGUUAGUAAGUUUGUUUAGUGUAUGAUAGCUUAUGUUAAAUAAUGAUAUUAUUUAGAUUUGAAUUCAUUCAAUGUAUAUCUAUUGAAAUUCAUUUUGUUGGAAUUAUUAAAUAAUUAAAAUGCAAACCGAAAUUAAAAUAAUAAUUAUCAUGUUGCAGCUGCCUGGUCCACUGAUUUGUACUAAUAAUAGUAAUAUUAGCAUACAUUUUCAGGACUUAAGUUUAUUGUUGCACUUAUGUAUAUUAUUAAGAAAAAAAACAUUUUGACAUAUUGUACUACAAAUUAAAAAUACUUUGGUUUAUCAAAGGUUUUUUUCUAAAUUAAAUUAUCAACCUAUUAAUAUCUAAAAUUAUAAAAACUACCUAUAGGCUAUAAAACAAUAAUUAAUACUCAUAGUUCAUAUUAUAUGUUUUAUACAAUGUUGUACCUACUUUUAUUUAAUGUUGUUUUCUUUGAAAAUUGAAACAAUAUUUAUUUUAUAUAUUGUUAGUUAUUAUAUAAGUACAAAGUACCUAUUUACUUAUAAUAAUAAUUUAUGUUGCUUAAUGCUUUAUAACCGUGGUAAUUGAAAAAAAUAUUUCCAACACAUAUUGUGUUAUAGUUUAUAAGUGUAAUAUUGUUAAAUUAUUAAUACAUUUACGAUUUAUCAUUAUGAUGUUAACAGUUUAUAUACAGCUAAUAACUGAAAUUUAAAAUUGUUGUUAAGAAUAAAAAUAAACUUAUACUUGUUUUAUUUAAG